AUGGCCUUGACCGAACAACAUGCAGCCGACUCCUUUUUCCAAACCACACACGUCCGAGUCGAUUCGAAGCUGCAUUCGGAUUCAUCCUCAGAGAAGGUUGACGAUUCGAGCUUUGCCUCCUCCCUACAACGUCCCCUCACAAGCGGUCUUCGACGUUGCGCUGGCACAAGAGACUUGACCAGCAUACGACCCAACGUCAACUAUUGCGCCAAAGUCUCUGUCGAAUACAUGCUGGGCGAUCCAUCGACACCAUUCCACACGCAAUCCUGGAAGCCAGUGAUCGGAGCUGACAAGACAAACGAAGACGUUUUCGUCGACAACUUGGAGACAGUGUGCAGGUUCAAGAAGACGCUAUACACACAACUGUACCCAAAUACAGCGGAAGGGUCUCAAGACACAUGGCCUGAGUUGACACUGUACCGGAAAACGGGCGACUCCGGGUACGAGGCGAUCGACGGAGACCAAGAGGCGCUGUACAUGUUUGCACUCAAGGAUGGCGAUCAGAUUGUGCUUCUGGUGAAUGACACCGAGGAUGGAGGCCGGACAGGACUGGGUCGCGACUCGAUUGCCCAAUGGGUCCAAGCUAUCCGUGCACAACAUGAGUUUGAGGCUAUGGACUUGUAA